AUGGACCUGGUGAGCAGUUCCUCAGCCUGCAGCAGCACCGAACGCUUCAUGACGCUGGAGGAGGCGCACGACCCGGCCAGGCUGCUGGCCGCGGAGGUGCGCCAGUUCUCCGCGCCGAGGGACUACCAGCGCUUCGCGCCCUACCAGCAGCUGCCGGCCGCCAGGCACGACCACCACGAGAUGGCGCCUCUCUUCUCCCCCGCCAGACCCGUGUCCGCCUGCUCCGCGGCCACGGCCGUCAGCGACGGCGAAUCCCCGAGCCAGCUACUGUCACCGCGGAGGGACGUCUUCAUCGUCGGCCUCACAGACGAGUACCUUCCCUCCAGAAUACCCAAGUCCGUGCACAAGCGGCUGCCGACGGCUCCCCUGGCGUACGGCUACGACAACAACAACACGCCGGGCUACAGCUACGGUCAGCAGCGAUGGCAGGUAGCGGCGGCGACGCUGACGUCGACACCGCAGUUGUCGGGGGCGGGAGCGGCUCCCGGCGUGUCGGCCGCCGCCCUGCAGCAGCGCGCGCGCAUGUCCCUGCCGGCGGCGCCGCCUUCGGCCCUGCCCAGGCGCCCACCGCACCGCAGGAGAGUGGGUUCGUCCUCGAAGGCCGCGGCGUCCUCUUCGUCGUCGUGCGAGCGCGCCACCUCGCCGUCGGUCCUCAAGCGCAGGCGGCUCGCGGCCAACGCUCGCGAGCGCCGCCGCAUGAACGGCCUCAACGAGGCGUUCGACCGCCUGCGGGAGGUGAUCCCGUCGCUGGGCGAGGACCACCGCCUCUCCAAGUUCGAGACGCUGCAGAUGGCGCAGACGUACAUAGCGGCGCUGUGCGACCUCCUGGAGCGCGCGGGUGCCGGCGUCGCACCCGUAAUGUCUACUGGCGGGGAGGCGAGCGGCGCCGGCAUCGACUGCAGCGGCGGACCACGCAGGUGA